GUUUUUUUUUUUUGUUUGGCUUUGCCCGGAUGAGAAAAAUAAUUUUCUAGUGAAUCACCACAGCUUUCCUAAAUGCUGUCUUUUCUGAAUUCUGGGUCUAUAUGACCUGGAAUUGAUUUCUUUGGCUUCGGGGUAAAAGGACCCUUCCCUCGUGAAUUUUUUCCCUGGAUCUUCCAGAAUGCUUUGCAAUCCGUAAUGGCAUCCAAGUGGCUUUACCUUCAAGGAGUAAACAUUGUGUUUUGGGGACAUGGAAAUGAACGUGUAGGAUCAGAAUAAAGGUAUCUAUUUGUGUCUUGAGCUGUGUUUGCUGAUCUCUCUCCCUUGUUGUAUUUUGAGCAUUUUUUUAGGAGAGGUGACUUAUUCGAUUUGAAAUUUGUCUAAGAACCUGUGCUAUUAUUUGGCUUAAGAGUAUUUGCUAUCACCUUGGAUGCAUAUCAUCAAGACCAUUUAUCCCUUAGACUGAUGCCCGAGUACAUUAAUCUUGUUGUGUUUAUUUUGCAUUUAUGAAUUUUUGGGUUGUGGGUACUUCUCAAAGGCGGUAAAAGCCGGUUAAGUGGUCAAUGUUUUACACUAACUUUUGAAUAAGAUACCUUAUUUCAAUUUUCCUACGAGGGCAUUUUUUAGAAAGAAGGCUUCCUUAAUGCAUAUGCUUUUUUUUCGGAUCCCGUGAUCAAGGUGUGGUGAUUACUGUAUAAAAAUGUAUUAAUUAUUGAUGAACGCUAUUUAAUUCCCAUGAAUUAAAAAUGCUUGACUGUAAAACAAUGGAGUCUAAUAUAAAAAAAUGCAAGGACCGUCGUAAAAUUGUUGUCAUUUCCUUUCUUUCUUUCCCAAAUUUUUCCACAAAACAAAAUGUCUUUUCUCGCAAACAUCCUACAAAGCGGCGAUAGCCGUGCGAACAUGAUUAACUCUAAUCUAUGACGUCAUUAAUACAUCGUCAUGUGAUCAGACUCUGAGGUCGAUCUCCAAUCAAAUAUCGAUAUCAAAGUCACUUGGUUUUGGCAAUCAUGUGAUUAUUCAGUGGCGAAGGAAACGGGGAGCUGUGUAGCGAAGGGUUUGCUGCCCGCUUAGCCUGCUUUUUGAAGAGCUAUGGCACGAACAGGACCUGAAAAAUAACAGUUUGGAAUCAUAUUCUUUCUCUCGUUCCUGAGAACCGGCCAUGAGAACGUUAGAUGUCAAUUACCACUUACGUAAGAGCAGUGGAAGGGCUUCUCGCUCAUCUGCUAUUGGCCCGUUCAGCGAGAGGAGCAAGCGCUGCUGUUCUAUUGGUUCUCUAUGCAGCAGCGACGCUGUGAUUGGUUCGCUGCGAAGUCAAGACAGCGUGUGGUCAUGGGUUGUGUGCUUUGCCGCGUUUUCUUCGUGUGCAAUCACUCAAGGUCUCCAUGGUAGCUUUGGGCUUAUAUACGUCGCGCUUCUAAAGAAUUUUGGUCAAAGCAAAGCAGCCACAGCAUGGGUAGGGUCAGGCGCUCUUGCCAUUGCCUGUCUCCUCUCCCCUUUGGUUGGAUUGCUUUGCACACGGUACGGCUGCCGGCUCGUCACCAUAUUUGGAGGACUGACAUGCGCAGUGGGGCUGUUUCUAACUGCGCAUGCCCCUAGCUUACCGAUCAUCUACCUGACAUACAGCAUGAUUUUUGGUUUCGGAGCCAGCUGUUCUUACACGUCAGCGUUCAUCGCUGUAACGGAUUAUUUCUCCAAGUGGAGGUCGCUGGCCACAGGGAUCGCGUGCGCAGGCAGUAGUGUUGGGAUAUUAGUCAUGACAAGAGCCAUUCAGAGUUUGCUCCAGCAUCUUGGCUGGGAGUCUACGUUCAUGGUCAUGUCAGCGGUGUCAUUAUCUCUCUGUGUGUUCGGCUGUACAUAUGAUCCGAGCAUACGGUUGUGUGCAGGGUCCGCUGACCGCAUCAGUGAGAAUACGCGCCUUCAGCCAGAGCAGAAGAAAUGUGCAAGCUCGCUAAGUCUUCUCGACUUUUCGGUGUGGAGAAUUCCUGCGUUUGCGGUUUAUGCUGUUUCAAUGGCUGUUAUCAUGUUGGGGUAUUUCGCACCGAGAGCUCAUCUGGCUCGGUACUGUGAGGAUCUGGGUAUCACCGUGGAAGAGUCAUCGUGGUUCUAUUUCUUUAUCGGACUCUCCUCGCUGUUUGGCCGUAUCUUUUUUGGGCAGCUCUGUAACUUCCGUGUAAUCAACGCCUUCUAUGUCACGCAACUAUCAGCAAUCACAAUAGGUGUGACGUCAUUGCUGCUCCCUCUCGCGCGAAGUCGUGGGUCGUUCGUGGCUUAUUCGGUGGUUAUCGGCUUCUUUGACGGUGGCGUGAAUACACCCAUUGCGCUCCUGGUGUACGAGUGUGUGGGAAGACAUCGAAUGCCUGCCGGAUGGGGCUUUUUAUCAUUCGCCACCGGUAUCACUAUCUGCGUUGGACCCCCUAUAGCGGGUUUCAUGGCGGAUGCCUUUGGAAGUUACGAGCCCUCGUUAUACACGGCCGGCGGUGUUGUCCUACUCGGCGCAUUCCUUCUUUCCCUACGUCACUGCUCGACCAUGACAAGCACGUCUCUUUCCUUUGAGGAGAUCACGUCAUUUAACAUCUGCGAGGUCGAGAAGAGUCAAAUUGCGCCAAACGAAGCGUUGAAUGGAAGCUUCGUAGAGAUCAAAAUAUGACAGAUCACGUGACUUAUUAUGUAACCGUUAGUACUACUACGGCAGAGAUCAGUGCGAACGAGAAUGGCGUCAUCCUCUUGUAUAAUCAGACAAUGAUGAACAUCUCAAACUCUUACAACGCGACACAAAAAAUCAUAUUAACUUAACAAAUGCUGUUUUUGCCUGAUCUUCUGCACCGUCUCACAGUUUUCAGCUAAGGUUUUGGUUAUGGGAUUUUCGUCUCCUUAAAAACCCUUCUACUAGUGUCUUUUGGCUAGAAUCCAGCUUGCAGAUAAAGAUCUAAGAAGGGAUUGUGGGGAUUGCAAAAAAUAAGCCUUUUUUUCUGCUGCACUCUAAAAAAGACCCUAUCAUGUUUCCCUUUAAACACAAAAUCGACGCAAACUUUGAGAACCUCUUUGUAGUCUCACUGAGGAACGCUUUGUUCUAUAAAUUACUAUAUGUCUCUCAACCCUUAUCGGCAAAAUGAGCUCGUUGUUUCUCUUGUUGUUCCCCAGUCGCCUAAGCUCAAACUCAGAAAGAGGACUACCCGUAAUUCUAGCGGCCAUACCAAGACGGCAAAAGAAUAAGAUUUGUCACGCAUGAAGGGGAGGUAUCUCUUAGAUGAAAAUAAAAAAAGGAAAACGCCGCGUA